GUUUUCCUUUCUACGCUUCCUUCGCUCAUGCUGUUCACGCCGCUUACGCACUUUAUUUCAUUAUUUCUGCUGGCCACUGCUGGCGACGGCACUGUGCGGUGCUGUAUUUGUAUACAAAUAAUUGUUUAUACCCACAUGCAGCGGUAAAGAAUACUACAUGUGGAAUGGCGAUUUAUAGAAGAUUUACAUUUUGUAUGCAGUCAACAAAUUUAUUACGUAUAAGAAAUUGCUCAUUAAAUUUGUACCAGAGUGCUUCGAAGAAUACAUUAAAAUCUAUAAAGGAGAGCAUCUUCCCACUAAAACCAAAGAGACCACUAAGUCCUUUCCUGUUGUUCAUAAAAGAAGCAAGAAUCAAAUUUCUUAAGCAAGAUCCUAGUCUCAAACAAACAGAAAUAGUAAAGAAAGCAUCAAAAGAAUGGGCAGAACUAGAUCCCAGUGAAAAAGAAAGUUUUCAACAAAUAUACGAUAAGAAUUAUGAGCUCUAUGCUCAGCAAUUGAAACAAUACAAUAAUUCUAUUACUGAUGAACAAAAACAGUUAUGGGAAGAAAAGAAACAGCAGUUUAGUAAAAAACUUAAGGAUUUAAAUAUUAAGCAGAAAAGUGAUACAUUUGGAAAGCCAAAGAAACCACCAAGUGCAUUUCUUUCCUAUUUGAUAGAAAUGAAAACUGAGAAAGAUCCAACUGUACCUUUUACGGAUUGGUUAAAAUCAGUGACUAAAAACUGGAAUCAAAUGUCAGAAGCAGAGAAGAAACCUUAUACUGAUAAAGUUACAGAAUUGAUGGUACAGUACAGGAAGGAUUUAAAUGAGUGGGAAAUGAAAAUGAUAAACUUAGGUCAUACCGAUAUUGUAAGACAAAUAACGUUGACAAAACAAAAACGUGUGACAAGUGAACAAUAGAAAUAAAAGCGAGAGUGUAUUAUUUUCGUCCAUUAAUAAA